AUGCAAUUGUAUAUGCAAUGGUCUAGUGGUCCUAAAUAUCAAGUGGAUGCAGGAAGAGGUGACCAAUAUGUGGUGGACUUAGAUAACCACACUUGUUCUUGCAGAAAGUGGGACUUGUCAGGCAUUCCUUGUGCUCAUGGAAUUGCUACCAUACAUUACAAAGGAGGGACACUUGUGGAGGAUUAUGUGCAUUCAUACUACAGCAAGGACAGUUACAUGACCCUCUACAACAAUCUAAUUAUGCCAAUUAAUGGGUCACAGCUAUGGGAGAAGACCAACCAGACAGCAAUAAAGCCACUAGCCUACACUAGACAACCUGGAAGACUUAGAAAGGAAAAACCUCUAUCAAAGGGUAAAGGAAGACCAAGAAAAAUACCUAACCAAGACCCUGCAGUUGCUUCUCAAACAGCUACAAGAGCUAGGAGAAAGCUUGCAUAUGUAAGGGCAAAGGCUACUGCUGCUACAAAGAAGGCUGCACUAAAUGCUUCCCAAUCAAAUGUAGCUAAUACUGCUAGAAUUAAUUGGAUUGAGAUCAUCCAGAGAACUUAG